UGACAUUCCGACAGUACGGCAGUGUGGUGAGAAAGGGCUUGGCGACGUUGAUCAUUUGGCCUCACAAAUCUUAUACAUCAUACCUUCAAGAGAUCCCUUCAUUCCAUUUCACACGUCUUGUGUAUUCCCUUCAAUCAACAGCGAACACUUUCAUUAAGUGCUCUACAAAUUUUGCUAAAGUUUCCUUUGCAAGAGGACAUAAUAAUGCAAUUGAAGUUUAUUGUUUCAACGCUUGCGACCGUGCGGGAGCUCGAAGUUCAUUCGAAAGGAAUACUGAAUCAACUCGCAGAUGCAAUUGAUGUUACUUCAAAAAAGAUUCCAAAGUCAUCUUUCUAUCUCGACAUAUUAAUUCCACAGAUUUCGAACACACUCGAAGCUGAUACACGUAUGAAUCCUUCCACUGCUAUAUGGCUGCUAGACCGAUUUAUAGACUGCGCAGCGAGAGAUGCAAUAAGCUUACAUGAAUUAUCAAGAAUUCUGGAUCUUUUGAAAAGCCCAACGUUGUCAAAGAUACUGCUGAAUGAAGAACGGUACAUGGAAAGUGCUGCCAAUAUAUUGGACUGUGCAAUACUUCACUGUAUAGAGACAACGCAUGAGCCAUUAAGCGAGGAAAACCGGUACAAAAUUGUUUUGGUAGCUUUACAGCUGAUGGCAUUAUGCUCCAUGUCAGGAAAAGACAUAGCGAUGGGUGUUCAGCAAGACAAGGUGACUAUUAUUGAUUCCGUCAAUACGAAGGAAAAAUUAGUCAAAACUGUCAUGAUGCUUCACGGUACAUCUCAGAAACCAGAGGAUGUUUUUGUCCAGUACCUGCCAUACUUUCUCGAAACCAUUGCCAAACCUCGUGGAAACGCACCUGAAAAAUGGAAUGACGAAUCCAUAUCUUUGCGAAUGCUGGAAGUUAUUAUUAUGGAAAGCAGACACAAAGUCAUUGAAAGCAGCGAUACUGUGAAUAAAAUAGUCAACGUACUCGUCAAAUGCGGAUCUCAACAACCUGAUGGUAAAAAUGGACGAGAUACUGACAGCUCUGUCAUAGGCGCAAGAUUAAGAUGUUUGGCCGUUAUGACUUGGCUGUACAAUAUGGAUAAAGACACGUUAUAUAUCAAAGAACAGUCGUGUAUCAUUUUAAAGGAAAUGAUAGCAUUGUGCAUUGUUUCAUCAGAGCCGCAGAAUGGCUCCUGCGCUCUCAACAUUCAACAUCAAUUGAGGAGGCAAGCGAUUGUCUGUCUGACGACUGCUCUGGAAACGCAAAGUAUAACGCCAGGUGACGAUCAACAAGGUUUUAUCCUGGAUAUUAUAACCAAAUGUCUUCAAGACGAAGAUGAACAGACCAGGGUAUUAUCAGUUUCGGCAAUGACAGCAUUCAUAAAGCAACACAACAAAAUGGAUGGCAAGUUUAGCGCCGAACUUGAAAAGCAUUGCCUUCACAACCUAUUAUCGCGAUUGAAGGACCAAAAACAAACUGUGUGCCUUUCACUUUACAAUCAGCUGUCAGCAAUAUUCAACACUAUUUCCAAUGAAGGAAUUUAUGUAAUAAUCGAUGCUUUAGUAUCCCAAAUAGAAUAUGUAGAUGAGUCUUCUGACAGGCAAUUGAAGACUGCUUUUAUAGAUUGUCUGGACGCUCUUUAUAGUCUAAAUUCAACAAGGCUAAUGGAGGCGAUCAGAGACGCUCAGCAAGUCAGUACUGAACCUGACGCAUAUCAAAUGCACAUUGAUAGAUUGGCAUCACUAUGAUAAAAUUUAUGAUAUUUGUAAAUUUUGCUUGUAGACGCGGCAGGAUAUACCCUUGAGACUUUCCAGUCUAUUGACAAUUAAAGAACAUGUGGAUUUUCCAAUACGGCAUUUGAGUCACCGAAGCUUAAGAAAAACUAUCAUAAUAUAUACACGC